AUGCUUCUCAUCCCUGAGGAUACGAUGUCUCAGUACUCCACGAACUUCCUGCUGCUGCCCAUCCCGGAGUACCCCGUGUUGGAUUGUGCUCCCAACAAAAUCAUCAAGCUGGUGGUGCUGGGCGGCAGCAGCGUGGGCAAGACAGCCCUGGUCGUGCGCUUCCUCACAAAGAGAUUUAUUGGGGACUAUGAAGCCAACACUGGUGCUUUGUACUCCAGGAAGUUCACCAUAGAUGGGGAGCAGAUCUCUCUGCAGGUGCAGGACACUCCCUUUGUCUCACUGGAGGAUGACACGGACAGCAUCUGCUGCCAGGAGCAGAUAAACCGCUCGAUCUACUGGGCCGACGGCUUCGUGUUCGUUUAUUCCAUCACGGACUACGAGAGCUUCCGCGUGCUGCGACCUCUGCACCAGCACAUCCGCAGGAUCCACCCCAACGCCAACAUCCCCCUGCUGCUCGUGGCCAACAAGGGCGACCUGCUGCGGGCCAGGCAGGUGUCCUCCAAGGAAGGGCUGCAGCUGGCCACGGAGCUGGGAGGGACCUACAGCGAGGUGUCGGCGCGGGAGAACUGUGAGGGAGUGCACGAGGCUUUCCAGCAGCUGUGCCAGGAGCUGAGCAGGAGCAGCAACAGCUGCAAUGGGGAGAAGAGGAGAGGUCUCCACCUCGUGAGGCCCAAGUCGCCCAACAUGCAGGACUUGAAGAGGCGUUUGAAGCAGGCUCUGACUUCCAAAGGCAAAUCUGCCACCACGCUUUGAUGCGGCCGCUCAGGAAUUGUGGUUUAGAGCCCUGGGGAAAAAGGCAGCAAGAUGGGAAAAAGGGGGCAUCAAUUCAGCCAUGGGGUUGGGUGAGAGACUCUUUCAUGCCUUUCUCAAAAAGUCCCUGCUCAUUCAGCUCUGGGGCAGGGAUUUUGAAACUGCGGUUUAAAAAAAGAGUUUGCCCCGAAUUAUUUCUUUUUUCUAUUUUUUUUUUUUUUGAGAGGGGUGCAGUCAAAUAUCUUGGUGUUUGAAAGUGGGUUUUGUUAAUGAGAAUAAUGAAAUCCUACUUUUAAGAGGUGUGACUCUCCUAGGGAAUGGUUGUGUUCCCAAACACAGGCAAUGAACUACACCAGGACAUGAGGAGAGUGACAGGAGCUGUACUGAGCAAGAAAAAUGGACCAGAUCUGCUUCACUGCAAGAAUGGAAAACAAAUUAAUUAAUUCAUUUAAAUGAAGAGCAUAAAUGGUGAAAAGUAUUAAUUGAAAGAAAGAGUUAUGAGCAAUGGGGAGAUAUUUGUUCAUAUGCAAACUUAAGCCUUACAGUGUCUCUUUAAAGGGAGAUUUUUUUUUUAAAUCACUAUUUUUUUCAGAUUAUUUUUGGCCAAAAGCACAGUGACUGCUUCAGAAAGCGAUUAUUUGGGAAAAAUACAAACUUGUGGCAGCAUUUUGUAGUCAGUUUCUCCAUGGCAUUUCUUAUUUUUCUGAAGGUUUUUUAAAUGGCAGAAAGGAAAAAUAGAUCAGAGUGGUUUAAAGCCUGCAAAAACUGGACUGCGCUGACCAAGAGCAAGGAGAUCACCUAAAACUCUUAAUCCUUUUUUCCCAAACUAGUUAGACUUCAAGUUCAACAUGCUUUUAAAGAAACAAAGCCUUCAUAGGAAUCACAUUUACAUCAUUAGGUUGUCUGGGGCGUUUUUAAGAAGAAAAGGUUUUAUGAUGCCUGAA